AUGGAGACCUCGACGCCGCAGUCGCCUUCGCCGGCUAGGUCGCCGGGCAGGCCGGCGAAGCCGCGGCUGUUCAUACAGGAGAUGGUUCUCCGCAACUUCAAGUCCUACGCCGGGGAGCAGCGCAUCGGCCCGUUCCACAAGAGUUUCUCAGCUGUUGUUGGGCCAAAUGGCAGUGGGAAGAGCAACGUCAUUGAUGCCAUGCUAUUUGUGUUUGGGAAGCGUGCAAAGCAGAUGCGCCUAAACAAAGUCUCGGAGCUCAUACACAACUCCUCCAACCACCAGAACCUAGACAGUGCUGGGGUUUCCGUCCAUUUUCAAGAAAUCAUUGAUUUGGAUGAUGGAAACUACAGGGUUGUUGAGGGCAGUGACUUUGUCAUAACAAGAGUUGCGUUCCGUGACAACACAUCUAAAUAUUACAUAAAUGACCGUGGAAGCAAUUUUACUGAAGUAACUAAACUGUUGAAGGGCAAAGGAGUGGACCUUGAUAAUAAUCGCUUUCUGAUCCUUCAGGGCGAGGUUGAGCAAAUCUCCCUGAUGAAGCCAAAAUCUCAAAGUCCUCAUGAUGAGGGUUUUCUAGAAUAUCUAGAAGACAUCAUUGGUACGAACCAAUAUGUUGAGAAAAUUGAAGAAGCUAACAAACAAUUGGAAGUGCUCAAUGAAAAGAGAACUGCAUCGGUUCAAAUGCUGAAAUUGGCUGAGAAGGAAAGGGACAGUUUAGAGAAUGCGAAAAAUGAAGCUGAAACAUACAUGCUGAAGGAACUGUUGCUUUUGAAAUGGCAAGAAAAGGCAACCACAAUGGCUUCUGACGAUGCUACAUCACAUGUUACCCAGCUCAAAGACAACGUUACCGACCUUGAGAAGAACCUUACCUCUGAAAGGGAACAAAUUAAACAGAAUACUCAAGAUCUUAAGAAAAUGGAGUCUGUUUACAACAAACAUGUCAAAAGGCAAGAGGACCUUGAGAAUAACAUGAAAACCUGCAAGGAUCAAUUUAAGGAGUUUGAGAGAAAAGAUGUAAAGCACAGGGAAGAUCUAAAACAUCUUAAGCAGAAGAUUAAAAAGCUGGAAGACAAAGCUGAAAAGGAUGUUGCAAAAAUUGAAGGAUCAACAAAAGAGAUUGAAGAGUCAUCCAAUCUCAUUCCACAGCUUGAGGAAGAGAUACCAAAAUUGCAAGAACAAUUUAACCAAGAAGAGAAAGUGCUGGAGCAAAUUAAAGAAAGCUCUCGAGAGGAAACUGAGAAACUACGUGCUGAACUUACCAAAGUAAGGACUGAGCUUGAACCAUGGGAAAAUCAAAUUAUUGAGCAUAAAGGAAGGUUGGAUGUUGCUUCCGCGGAGAAAGAAUUGAUGAAACAGAAGCAAGAUGGAGCUCGAGCAGAAUUAACUGAUGCUCAAAACCAGAUGGAAAUCAUCAAAGGAAAAAUCAAAACAAAGGAUACAUACAUUACAGAGCUCCAAGGAAAAUUAGAGAAACACCAGAGUGAAGCAUCUGAAGCUCGUAAAGUUGAAUCGGAAUGCCUAAAAGAAGAGGAAACCCUAAUUCCUCUUGAACAAGCAGCUAGACAGAAAGUUGUGGAGAUCAAAUCCACAAGGGAUUCUGAGAAGAAUCAAGGCACUGUGCUGAAAGCAAUUUUACAAGCCAAGGAAUCAAAGGAAAUAGAUGGCAUUUAUGGCAGACUAGGUGAUCUUGGUGCAAUUGAUGCAAAAUAUGAUGUUGCCAUAUCAACAGCGUGCGGUGGGCUUGAUUAUAUUGUUGUUGAAACAACAAAUUCGGCCCAAGCUUGUGUUGAACUAUUACGCAGAAGAAAUCUUGGGAUUGCUACUUUUAUGAUACUGGAAAAGCAAUCCCAUCAUCUUCGUAAGCUAAAGGAGAAAGUAAAAACACCCGAAGGAGUUCCACGCCUCUUUGAUCUGGUAAAGGUUAAAGAUGAGAAGCUAAAGUUAGCUUUCUUUGCUACCUUGGGCAAUACUGUUGUUGCAAACGAUCUUGAUCAGGCUACUCGAAUUGCAUAUACUGCAGAUAGUGAAUUCCGCCGGGUAGUUACCCUUGACGGUGCACUUUUUGAGAAGUCUGGGACCAUGAGCGGUGGUGGUGGCAAACCACGAGGUGGCAAGAUGAGCACAUCCAUCCGAGAAAGUGUCUCAGAAGAGACUGUUAUAAAUGCUGAAAAUGAUCUCAGCAAACUUGUUGAUCAACUCAACAGAUUGCGUGAAAGUAUUAAUGAAGCUAAAAAACGCUACCGGUCCCUGGAAGAUGCUAAAUCUCGUCUCGAGAUGGAAUUGGCAAAAGCUAAAAAAGAGGUGGAGAGUAUGAAUGCCCAAUACAGUUACAAUGAAAAGCGACUAGAUUCACUGAAAGCUGCAUCACAACCCAAAGAUGAUGAGCUCGGCAGAAUGAAAGAGCUGGAUGAUAUCAUAUCUACCGAACAAGUUGAACUAAAGAAACUUGCAAAGUCUUCCAGCAAGCUCAAAGAUAAGGCUUCAGAACUUCAGCAGAAAAUUGAAAAUGCAGGGGAGGUGCUCAAGGAUCAGAAGGCAAAAGUUGCAAAUAUCCAAUCUGAACUUGACAAAACAAGCUCAGACAUCAACCGCCACAAAGUAAAGAUAACUACAUGCGAAAAGUUGAUUAAAAAAUUAACCAAGGGCAUUGAGGAGGCCAGAAAAGAAACAGAAAACCUGGUUUCUCAAAAGGAGAAAUUGAUGUCUGUUUUCAAAGAGACAGAGAAGAAGGCUUUUCUUGUUCAAGAAGAAUAUAAGAAAACCCAAGAGAUGAUUGACAGCCAUAAAGAGGAGCUUGACAAAACAAAGGAAGACUACAAUAAAACGAAGAAAGUGGUGGAUGAACUGAGAGCCUCUGAGGUUGAUGCAGAGUACAAACUGCAAGACACAAAAAAGCUUGCCAAGGAGUGGGAAAUGAAGGUGAAAGCAUUUGGGAAAAGGCUUGUGGACAUUCAGGCGAAUCUUGCUAAACACAUGGAUCAAAUCCAAAAGGAUGCUAUUGAUCCUGAGAAACUUAAAGAAACACUCAGUGAUGAGCAUCUCAAUGAAAUGUGUGACCUGAAAAGAGCAAUGGAGAUGGUGGCAUUAUUGGAAGCACAACUUAAAGACUUGAGUCCAAAUCUGGAUUCAAUAGCAGAGUACCGCACAAAGGCUCGUUUAUAUGGUGAACGCGUCGAUGAGCUAAAUGCUACCACUCAGGAGCGUGAUGAUCUUAAAAAACUAUAUGAUGGGCUGCGGAAGAGAAGGUUAGAUGAGUUCAUGGCAGGGUUCAACAAAAUUUCUCUGAAACUGAAAGAGAUGUAUCAGAUGAUUACUCUUGGAGGCGAUGCGGAGCUGGAACUUGUUGAUUCGUUGGACCCAUUUUCAGAAGGUGUUGUUUUCAGUGUAAGACCUCCUAAGAAAAGCUGGAAGAACAUUGCCAAUCUAUCUGGUGGCGAGAAGACGCUUAGCUCCCUGGCUCUGGUGUUUGCUCUUCACCAUUAUAAACCGACUCCAUUGUAUGUUAUGGAUGAGAUAGAUGCAGCGUUGGAUUUUAAGAAUGUAUCCAUUGUCGGACAUUAUGUGAAAGAUCGAACCAAAGAUGCCCAGUUCAUUAUUAUUAGUCUCAGGAACAACAUGUUUGAACUAGCUGAUCGGCUGGUUGGCAUCUACAAGACAGAUAAUUGCACCAAGAGUAUAACCAUCAACCCUGGUAGCUUCGCUGAGAGCAUGGAGGCAGUCUAGUGUACCUUAGAGUUCUAUCUGAAUGUAAUGUUCUCUGGUGCCCUCGUGGAACCGAGGUUCCUUCGGCAUCAGGAUUUAUCGUACUGCUAAGCUGGUUUUAUGCCAUGUAAAGAUACCAUUGAUAGAAUGAGGCUAGUACAUUUGGUCACCUAAGGUGUGAUUGUAUGUAUGUGAAAGAAAAUAUGGAACGUGGAUUGCUGACGUUAUAUUUGUUUGACCAAUUAACUUCGUGCUCUCAA